GUUUUUAAUGGUUUUAACCUUACCCAGUCAAUAGCGAUCGUAUAAGUUGAUAAAAUGGAGGCGAUAUGCGUACAUUUUAGAUUCGCCUAGGGAGGCAUGCACGCAUAUGGCCUCCACUUUAUCAUCUUAUGCAAUAUCUUAUACGAUUACUGGUUGUCUGGGUAGGCUACUUCAUCUCGGGAUCCAUGCAAUACUUCCCUUGCGAAGGAAGAACUCACGUUUUGUGAGCUUGUCGGGAGUGGGAUUCGAUCCCAGGUCCUCGGCAUGAUAGUCACGUGCUUUAACCAUCACAGCAGGUCCACUCCACUCUCACAAGAAGUUUUGUGAUGCAUUCUACACGGAAAAAAUUCUGCCCGCUCAAUUCAAGGGGAAACCCCUCAACUAUCCAACAUCCCAAUCAACAUGAUCAGAAAUGCUUUUCCUAUUAAUUCGAAAUGCUGUCAGUGUUGAUUUGAGAACCAAGACAAACCCUCCGGAGAAAUCAACUGAAGAACACUUUGAUUCGCACUAAUUUACAAAACAGUACGAUCUAAAGUGAAAAGCUGAUGAUUUCAUAAAGACUGCAUUGGGCAUGCAAGUAAAUAUAGAUGACAGGUGGUAGAAAGUGUUCUACUUUGAUUUGCACCUCUCUAACAGAUAUGAAGUGGUGUAGUGGUUGAACAGAUGAUCAUGACUCUGAAGGUCCUGGAAUCUAAUCUGGGUGCGGGCAUACUUUUUUUUUAAUUCUUGUUUUGAAAUCAAAACAUUCUCAACAACGAAUUGAAGGGAACUUCCAAAAAUAUUGAAGACGCUAUGGAUGUUCUUUUCCAACUGAUAUUCAAUUGAAAUCGAAUGUAUUGAACAGUAGUGCGAAUCCAAGUGUCAAUCACUUUAUAUCAGCGUGCAGCUUUUUCACCGUGUAAUUAAAAAAAUCUCAGAAACUGCUCUUGGAAUUUUCUCAACCGAAAUAUCGUUCGAAUGUAUAAUUGAAACAUUAAAGGCUCUCUUCGCAUCAAAACAAAGGCGUCACCGUGCUUGGAUUUGACCAAUGUAAGAGAUAUGCCAGAAUCUUCCAUUAGAAAAUUAUUCAAACUUUUCCUGAGGAGUUUAUGUGAAAAUAUUUGAAAAUUGCACCUGACAUCCCCGAUGUGCAGGUGGCGUAUUGCCGCUCUGACACUAAAACGAAUAGCGCCACUUUCGCUACAAGAGCGAGUGGUGUGCUGUUCGCACCAGGUAAUCUGUACAGCGCACCACUUCGUGUUAUCAGCAGAAUUCCCAUAUCCGUUUCGCAUGCGUAGCGUCGCUGCAUGACGAGAACUUCAGCUUCCAGGCAAUUCCCGACUGCACUGAGAUUAAAGAGGUUCCAAUGAACUGUAUGUCCCACUCAUGACUCAUUACGGGAACAAUCAGAAUGUGCGUAAACAAAAAUCACAACACAAGACCCUCUCGUUUUUUCUCACGUCAACCUUCACGCGCCUACGACAAAUUCGUACUCUUGAAUAAAAUAAAAUCGACACAUUUUGAAUAAUGUCCACGAGAAGACGUUAUCGGCGUAAUCGCACACUAUUUAAUUGUCGAAAGUACUGUUCCGUGUCACAGUUAUUCGAGGAGGCACGACCAGAGUAGUCGUCGGCGAAUCGGAAGGUUGCAGGUCCGAAGGUUUUUUUUUUUUCGGUGAUCGGUGAAUCGGCGCGAAAGGUAGCGAAAUCGUGAUUGCUUCGAGGAUCGUGAAAUUUGAGAAACCGAGUUUUAAAUUGAACUGAUAAAACGCCAAUAUAACAGCAUGGCUACACAAAUUGAGGUCAAGCUCAUGGGUGAGCUCAACUGGAACUCUACUCCAUCAAUUCUCUCACCUAUGAACGUAGAAGCAGCUUCAAGAUUCAGGACCUUCCAGCCGACAGCUAUGACCUGCAGCAAAGAGAGCUCCUGCCACGUGUUCUGCAGACGGCUCUUCAUCUGCAUACUCCUCGUUGCCGUAGUCGUUCUCUCGUCGGUCGUCUUCGCCGUCAACAACUACCCUUCUACCAAGCCAGAAGUCUGCCACACUAAAGAAUGCCUCCGUGCGGCGGCCGCCUUCAAGCAGAACAUGAACCUCCAAGCGGACCCGUGCGAUGACUUCUACUCCUACGUCUGCGGAAACUGGACUGACGAUCAUCCCCGUCCGGCGCAGCAUAAAUACUACAACUGGUACGAAGAACGUCAGACGAAGAUCUAUCGAAACAUACGAAUGCAUCUGGAAGCCAACGUCAGCCAAUCGGAUCCGAAGCCGGUUGCCCAGGCCAAGGUCAUGUACAAGGCGUGCCGGAGCGGAGCUGAUCGGUAUUCGGAGUUUACAGAAGUUAAGCAUUACAUGGAGGAGUUCGGCCUUCCGUUGAUUCCGACGUUGUUGAAUGGGACCAAGACUUCCUUGCUGAAGUACGAUUUCGACUGGGUUAGCUCGGUGGCUAAGAUCCAGAGAAAGCUGGGGUUGGACGUGAUCGUGGGGUUCAACAUCGUACCAGACCACCAGAACAAAGACCGAAACCGGUUGACUUUGAAUCACCAAUUCGAAUCGGUCAAUCCGAGAUUUCCUACGUACGAAUGGUCUAAGCUGUACGCGAAGGCUUACGAUCGUCGGCCGGUCGCUGUACGAUCCAGUUCGCAGGAUACCGAUGAGUCAAACGAUACUAUGGAACUGGCGAAAUCGUUCGCGAACUUGAUCGCGGCAAUUCAUCCAAGCUUCGAUACCAGUAAGAGAGGCAAGAAAAUGUAUUUUUUGGCUGAGGUAUUUGAAAAGUUUAAUCGAUCGCUUCCUAAGCCCCUAGAUUCAGAAGACGAAUCCGAGCCUGAGUACUACACCGUUCAACAGCUCCAGAACGCAACUGAUCAUCAUAUCAAACAUAACGAAUCCUAUCCUGUGUGGCAGCGCUACCUAGAUACCCUGUUCGCCAACCAGCCCAAUAUGACACGUUCCGGAGACAAAAAGCUGCAGAUGACUCCAGAGAACGUUGAAUUUCUCGGACAGCUGAUCGACGUAGUUUCCAAUCAACCUCCGGUCUUCAUCGAACUGUACGUUUGGAAACGGGUAGCCUCGUUCCUGAUGGAGCACGAGUUUAGCGACGCCACACUGGAGGAGGAGUGCGCCCAGGUGGUCCAUAAACUGAUGGGACUAGCCGUAAGCUAUGCGAUCGCGGACAACAGCUUCCUGGAGCGGACCAAACCUCGCGUAGAGCAGAUGUUGACCGACAUACGGAACGAGUUCAACCAGAUGGUGCUGGACACGGAUUGGAUGGAUGCCGAUGCGAAGUACAGUUCGGUGGAGAAGUCCAAUAAUAUGAAGUCAUUGGUCGGAUUCCCCGCAUGGCUACUGAAGAAAAAGAAGCUAGAGGAGCACUAUGCAGGGCUGGAGAUCAAUUCAACCAGUCACGUAGUGAACUGGGUAACCGCGUGGGAGUUCAUGAACACGGGAUUGCUGAAAUCGUGGCAGCAUAAGAACAAUGAGAUGUGGGACAUGAAUCCAACGCAGGUCAAUGCGUAUUAUGUCUUAGAGCAGAAUGUCAUCUACAUUCCAGUAGCCAUCAUACAGUAUCCAUUCUACUACCUUGGAUUGGAUGCGCUGAAUUACGGAGCCCUUGGAAAGACCCUGGGACAUGAAAUAACCCACGGAUUCGACAACGACGGCCGUCAAUACGACAAAUUCGGCAACGAAAAACGCUGGUGGUCCGAUCACCCUACAAGAGUACGACAAACGAGCCCAAUGUCUGGAGGAACAGUACAGCUCGUACUACGUGCCGGAGGCGGAAGCUUUUAUCAACGGCACGCUGACGCUGGGAGAGAAUAUUGCGACAACGGAGGCCUUCGGGAAGCGUUUCGGGCCUAUCGGACGUAUGUCAAGCGUAAUGGUCCCGAACCAGUGUUGCCAGGAUUCGAGCAUUUCUCCCAUGAACAGUUGCUGUUCAUUUCGUUUGGGAAUGUAAGUUCUCUUUAGCUGAAAUUGGACGAGAAGUGUGUAAACAUGGUUCCCUUUUCUAGCAAUACUGCGAAACGAUUAAUCCAGG